AUGUUCGCCCAUAAGGCCAGAGGGCUAAGAUUGGGUAGCCGGCCCAAAUUCUUGACUCGCCAGCUUUCAAUAAAAGCGGCUUACUCUGGCUCGUUCCCUGCCACACUACACCAUUAUCGCCCAACUCCAACGAUCCUUUACGACAGAGCAGAGCAGGGAAGACGGCCUCAUGAUUUAUUUGAAGACAGCGUUAUCGAGAUGGUGCGGCAAUACUAUGAUGAAAUGCUUGAUCGAGAGGAUGAGGGCAUGAAAGUUGACAUCCCAUACAUAUUCACCAUACGAAAGGUCUUGACUGAACUCUACUUCAAAGACCUCAACAACCACCUCCACGAUUUCUUUGCUCGGUAUGCUAUCAAGGAGAAGACAGACUGUUGGCUUGAUAAACAUCCUUACUCCGACGCAUUCCCAGACACAGAGGCUGAUAGUUGGAUGAGGGAAUAG